AUGCAGGACCUGUCGGGGCGCUUCGGGACCAUUUAUCUGCGAUCCGGCGAUAGCUGCAUACACCACAUCAUGCUGAGCGGCAACAUGUCGAGUUUGGAGCUUCGCUCUCAAGGCCUGACGAACGGAAGCCACGCGCGGGCAAUCUACUGUCCCGCACCAGACUGCGUCGCCUCCAAGGGAACCGGCUUACGUGAUGAUACCCCAGCCCUCCUGGAGCCAGCGGACUACCCCAACGGCAUCUGGAUCAACGUCUCGGUCCCCACCAUCGGAGCCGGCGGCAGCGGCAUCGCAGCCGCCGUGGAGUUCAACUCAGCCUUAGCGAGCUGCUCGGAGCUCGGCACGAUCCUGCUGCCGCUCUUCCUCACGCCUCCGGAUGACGCCCGCCACUCAAGCCGUCCCAGCUACAGCCUGUGCGUACCCGCUCCCAAUAAUCACCCGGACUUUGGCCUUUCCUUUUCCUGGUCUUGGUCGAUGGCAGAUCUGCCACGCGUGUUCGAAGACGGCUUCUACGCGGUUUUGAAGCCCUUUCCACUGACGUUGCCCCUUGGUGUGUACGACAUCAACCUAUUGAAAGCAGUGGCGCCGCGUGGCGCUAUGGAGAUCACGCUGGAUCUCCUGGCCGGCAAUGGCACCGUCCUCGCUUCGUUUGAUGACACCACCACAGGCUUUUACAUCCCCGCCGCUAACGACAUCACGCAGGCUUCCUUGCAGUUUUAUUUACCCGCUGGGAUUGGAAGCCAGAGCACCGCCGUGUACACUGUACGACAUAUGCCGUCCGCGCCUCCGCUGCCCCCAGCACCCAUGGAGCAGAACUGCACCCCGGCGUCAUCGCCGUACAUUGUGCAGCGCCGCGGCCGCUCAACUUUUGUCACCCUCAGGAUGCCGUACACAAAGUAUGUGGAUGCGUUGCUGAGGACCAAUGUUGGUGACGUCGACAAUCCUUCGGUAUUAACCGGUGGCUGUGCCUUCAGCUUCCCGGCCACCACUACAGCGGGCGACUCCAUCCUUCGCCAUAUCCUGUCAUUCACUUCGGCACCGUCCGCCGAUGCCGCAGCACUGGCCUGGCUCAGCAGCUCACCUGCCAGCAGCAAAGUACGGAUGCGCCCCGGAACCACUGUCUCCUUACCAGCACCGUCACCUGCGGACAGCCUAACGGUGCUGCUCUCCGGACCUGGGAGCAUCUCGCAGCCUCUAGUACUGGACUACAUGGCCGAGCUGGCCUCAUGCGCAGCUCCGAAUACGGUACCUUUACAUUUGACAGCCCUUGGACCGCAGACCGCUGGGAAUAAGAUGACCCUCUCAGUAUGCAACGCCGCACCAAAUGUCAUUUCCAACGACACGCGCACGACGACGACGAUGCUAGACGUCAGUAUCGGCUGGAACACGUCCAGGCUCCCUGCAGUGUUCUCCGAUCAGGCUUCCGUACUCGCUGCGGAGAUGCGGAACAGCUCGUUUGGUCAGGGUAAGCGACUGCCCUCCGGAUGGUACCGUGUAGCCCUCCUCCACCACCCGUCCAUCGUGCUGCGUCUCACCAUCGGCAAUACCACUACGUCGGCCAACUCCACGAUCUUCCUGCCAGACGUAGUGACCAACUUGAGCCUCUACGCGACCGUACCACUAUCGCCAACCACCCGAGCGAUGAGCGCAGCCGUGCGGCUGGCGCCAUUGCCGUUUCCGCCGCCCCAACCAAACAGUCCCCCAUCGCCCAGGCCGCCAAGCCCUGCACCGAGCCCAAGCCAGCCCCCGUCUAGCCCUGCUCCUCCCAACCCAGUUCCCCCCAGUCCUGCAACCCCCAGCCCUGCCCCCCCCAAGCCGCUGCCGCCCAUUCCACCUCUACCAAGCCCUUUACCACCGAGCCCGCCUUCUCCCAGCCCAUUUCCACCUUCAGCGCCCUCGCCACCGGCACCCAGCCCAUCGCCACCAAAUCCGCUUGCGCCAUCCCUGCCCCCGCCCACAUACCCUCUGGCUCCGCUGCUGCCGACGUCGCCGCUGGGGCCCGACUUAAGCCCUCCACCUGAACCAGCACCGUCCACGCAACCUUACGGCAUGCCACCACCACCGUCGUCCUCCUCGUCCCCACCCACCAGCUACGGCUAUCCCUCCGACAGGAGCUCCCCAACGUCCAGCCCAGCGGGCCCCCCACCACUGGGUCAAGGAGCCACUGCACCACCCAGCCCCCGUAGCACCCCUCCUAGCGGCUUCUCCAGCUCCCAGCUGCACAGCCCUCCUCCCAGCAGCGGCACACCCCGGUCGCCCAACCGUACGGCACCUCUGGAUGUUUCCACCUUGGCUGGGUCGGGCUCGCGAGCUGGCGGUCGGGCCUGCAUGGCUGUGAGUGCAGCCUUGGGGAUAGCGGUCGCGUUGUUGGUUCUUGAGUCCGGCAGCUAUGGGAGCAUCACAUUGCGGCCCGGUGACGAUUGCGUUUACCACAUCUCACCACAUGGCGACAUCUCAAACAUGGUGAUCUACACGGGGGAUCUGGGGACCAGCCAAGAUGCCAGGGUGUGGUACUGCCCCAGCCCCGACUGCGGCGCCUCCGGCAGCCACAACCUGACGGCGGGGGUGAGCACCCCCCUGCUCGUGUCCAACUACCCAGAUGGAAUCUGGAUCCACGUCUCGGUCCCCUCCACCGGUGGCUCCUCCGCCGCCACCCUGGAGCUCAGCGCCAUCGCCGCCAGCUGCAGCGCCCCGCACCAAACCCCGCUCCUGCUGUACCGCACGGUCGAUGGCAGGACCUCGGAGCCCUGGCCCAGCUACAGCCUGUGCGUGACCAAGCCCAACAAUAACCCGGACUUCGGAAUUGCGUUCUCAUGGGAGUGGUCGUUCGGAAGCCUGCCGUACAGCUUCGGACGCGGGUUCCAUGCGCUCCUGCCGCCGUUUGACCUGACGCUGCCACACGGUGUGUACGACAUCCAGCUCAUGAGGGCCUACUCGCCGGACGCGGAGGCCCGGAUGGGCGUCAGCUUCGUCCUGCUUUCCAGCAGCGGCGUUGAGCUGGUGCGCUUCAACGAGUCCGUCUCGGGCUACUUCGUCCCCGCCGUCAACAACAUCACCCGGGGUUCUAUGGAGUUCUACUUGCCGGCCGGCAUCGCCGACCAGAGCGCCGCCGUGGCCACGCCCCGCACCGCCCGUCCCUUUCCGACCGCCACCUUCGCCAUCGCCGCCUCGUUCUCCCCAGCCUCCAUCGCUCCCGCCGCCAUCAACACCGCCGUCGCCCUCCCUGACACCUGCGUCGUCGUCGCCAUUGUCGCUGACCCCGCCGCCGUCACCAUCCUUGCUACUGCCACCGUUACCGCUUCCUUUCCCGUCGCCUCCACUGUCCCAGUCCCAGCCGCUGCUGCAGCCGCCUUCGUCGCCACCACUACCGCCGGCGAGCCUGCUGCUAUCCCCGCCGCCGACACCGACCUACCCACCGACGCCUUCAUUACGGCCAUCCUCGCCACCAUCCCCACUGCAGCCGCCGGCUACCUCGCUGCCACCCUCCCCCGUGAAACCAGACCAGACCCCCUCACCGCCGCACCCAGCAGUCCCGCCCAGCCCGACCUACCCCGGAUCUGA